UAGGCGGCCAACCGGUGAAUGGAUGUUUUUAAAUGAGAAGAGGGGGGAGGAGGAGGUGGCCCUGACAAAACUUUUCUACGACUUAGUGGACUUCGCCCCUCCCCGGCCACCGGCAGGCAUUUAUAGUCCGCAAAAAAGGGCUCGAGCCCGCAGUGAAGCGCUUCUGGCUCGGCGUGUCUGCAGGGGAGGAAUCACACCCAUCUGCUACUCAUCAACACAUUUAAAAAAAAGAAAAGAAAAAAACGGUCCCCUCUUUUUGCAUUAGUCGGUUAGAAACUCAGCCGGCUCUUAUUUUUGAAGCAACUUUCCAGGACAUUUACCUUCAACCAAAAAGCAGUCGUGGCCCAAAGCAGCGCUCGUCGCAGUGCAGCACGCUCGUUCCUCCAUGAAAGAAGGAGUGCACCAGCAAGUUUGGGGAAACGACGACAUGUCUGCGACCGUCUUGUCCGCCCUCUACGACAUGGACAUGCUUUACAAGGAUAAAAGCACCAACAUGAACGCUCUCCACAUCAACAGCAUGCUGGACAGAAAAGCGGUGGGAGCCCCGGUCGCCUCCGCUGGCUCCGGCGGCCCGUUCACUCCGGGAUUUUUCCGCCGCAACUCGACCAGCAACGUGGACUCGCUGAACAACGGCAACAAGUACACCACGGGCUCCUCUUACGGCAGCUUGAAGGAGAACACGCCGACCGCGACGACCACUCUCAUGAACAAGGAGAACAAGUUCCGCGAGCGCGCGUACAGCGAGAGCGGAGAGCGGGCCGUGCUGCAGCAGAAGGCCGGCUCGCAGAUCAACUCCACCCGCUACAAGACCGAGCUGUGCCGGCCCUUCGAGGAGAACGGCUCGUGUAAGUACGGCGAGAAAUGUCAGUUCGCCCACGGCUACCACGAGCUCAGGAGCUUGUCCCGCCACCCCAAGUACAAAACGGAGCCCUGUCGCACGUUCCACACCAUCGGCUUCUGCCCCUACGGGCCCAGGUGUCACUUUAUCCACAACGCCGACGAGCGCCGGCCCGCCCCGGCCGCCAACGCCAACGUGCAAGCUAGUGAGGCGCGCGGCUACGUCCCGAGGGACGCCCUCCCCCCUCAGCACCAGCACCAGCAGCAGCAGCAGCUCGGCUACACCCACACCCACAGGGACAGACCAAAGCUUCACCACAGCCUCAGCUUCUCCGGCUUCUCCAGCCACCACGGCCUGGACUCCCCGCUGCUCGAAAGCCCCACGUCGCGGACCCCGCCGCCGCCCGCUUCCUCCUGCAUGUCGUCGUCCAGCUUUUACGACGACGUGCUGUCGCCCAACUCCGUGUCUUGCAUCCAGAGUGCCUUCAACUUCCCCGGGCAAGACCUCAAGACUUUACUGGCCCCGCUGGCCGUGCACACCUCCGGCGGCUACUCCGGCGGCGCUCACUACGGCAGCGUGCAGGGCGGCAUGUGCCCCCCGUCGCCUCCCACCUACAACAUGAGCCACUUGCAGGCGCUGCGCCGUCUCAGCGAGUCGCCGGUGUUCGAGCCUCCCCCCAGCCCGCCCGACUCGCUCUCUGACCGGGAGAGCUACGCCAGCGGCUCCCCCAGCUCCUCCGGGAGCCUCAGCGGCUCCGAGUCUCCCAGUCUGGACGCUGGGAGACGUUUGCCAAUCUUCAGCAGGCUGUCGAUUUCAGAUGACUGACUUGAGUGUGUUUGUGUGUGGAGUGGAUUUAUGUCAGCAAGUUUCCACCCUGCUAAAGUGCCUCUGAGCAACAAGACAUUGAAAGGGUGGUGGUCCUGCUCUGACCUCCCUGGUGGGGGGCAAGUGAGGAAAGUUCCACCCGUGGGGAUCAAAAAGUGUCCUUGACCUGGCAUUAGAAUACUAUUAGUUUUUCCCAGCCCCCCUCCUUUCUUUUUUUUUUUUCUGUAAUAUAGCUGUAUUAAAAGUUGAGAUAGCAAACAGAAGGCAUUCCAUCAGUGCCUUGCCUAAGGGCUCAUGCCAGCCCCUCUUACCUGUUUUUUUUAUAUUUCUGUGCUCUAUCAGGUGAGUCACACUUUUCCUGGGAUUUGAUGACAUGACUUGACAAGAAGAAGAGACUUUAAAAGCGAGUCGAUUUCCUCCCAUCCUGCCAAGAAUAUGCCUUGACUCAGUGACAUUUUUUUUCCCUUUUACAAAGUGCUUAGUUUUUUUUUUCUUCAGCUUCCAUUCCAUGUUUUCUCAUAGCGCCACCCAGUGGUUAGGUUGGUUAUUGUAGUUUGUUGCUUAGUUGAAAAGCACUCUUGAGUUGGGUUCGUUUGGGGGAAAUCACUGCUGAUGGUUGAAUAUAUAUUUUUUUAGCUGUUAUGAGUGAUUUGCAUAGCAGUGCAUAACUGGCUAUGGACUAUUUAACUUAUUUAUUAUCUUGUGAAACAAGUAUAGGCUACAUUGAUAAUUUGUGUCCAUACUAUAUUUAUCAAGUAUGAUGAAGCAAUAGAUCUAUAUUCUUUUAUGUUUAAAUUAUGAUCGCCGUUAUUAAUCUGCAUAAAGUGGAGUGUAUGUUCUUUUCACAGUAAUAUAUGUUUUCUCCUUUUUUUGUAACUUCACUUGGUUAUUUUUUAUUGUAAAUGAGUAAAAAAAAAAUCUUAAUUUAAGAGAACGUAUGUGAUAUUUAUUUCAUUAAUUUUGUUUCCAUGUUUACGUUUAUUAAAGUUUUCAUAAUUGCUGUUUGCUUCUGAGCUUGUUUGUCAAUGCUAUAGAAGGCUUUUUUUUUUUCUUAUGAGAAUCCCUAUUUAGAUGAUUCUGUAGAAUGUAAACACAGUGUGGUUGUAUAGACCGUCCAAAACUGGUUUUUAUUUAGAUCAGCGACAAAGAAUCCAAGUCAAUAAAUUCAACCAAAAAGUUUUUUUUCUUUCCUCUGUUUGCAUGAGGUCACACUGUGAUUCCAGCCACGUGCUUAAGAAUGUAGCAAUCCCAUGUGCCCCAGUAUUAUUGUGUAGUGCCUGUGGGGCUCACCAACAUGACGCCUUUAAAAUUAACCAAAUAAAGUAUUUUUCUUACAUGGCAUCUUUUAUACGCAGGAUGAAAUGAAUGUAGUUUUGGAUUCUAUUUUUACUAAAAAGUUGUUUCCGCUCAGAUUUUCUGACAAGAACCGUAACGUCUCUUAGUCCCAAUUCUUCCUCAUUUGAUCUUUUUUUUUUUUUUUUCCUAUUUGCUCUGCUUUUUGUUCUUUUGAUAUCAAAAUCUAGUCUGAGUGUUGAGUUUGCUGCAGAGGGAAGUGGUUGAAUAUGCCUGGUUUGUACAUAGUAGGUACAGGGGGAUGCGCACUAUGUACUUUUGACUACUUUAUCAGAAGUAAAGCUUUUUGAAUGUAAUAAAUGGACAAAGACA